UCCACCCCGGCCGGAGCCAACAAGGCUUCCACCUCAUGAACUUUCUGUGCAACAACGGCAGCUCCUACGCCCUCAACUCCACCUACCACUCCAACGUCGUCGCGCUCCUCGGCUCCCUGUCCGCGGACGCGUCCAACUCCACGGUCGGCUUCGCCACCGGCGCGGCCGGCCGCGGCCCGGACCAGGUCUGGGGCCUCGCGCUCUGCCGCGGCGACGUCAACGGCACCAGCUGCGCGUCCUGCCUCGCCCUCGCCCUCGCCCCCGGCGUCGCGCUCGACAACUGCCGCGGCGUCCGGGACGUUUCCGUCUACUACGACCGCUGCCUCCUCCGUUACUCGAGCGAGGACUUCCUGGCCAGCCCGGACGACCCCGGCACGCCGAUGCAGUAUAGCCCCAACCGGGACGUGAACAUCACCGGCGACCCCGCGGGCCGGUUCGUCGGGCCCGCGGCCGACCUCGUCGGCGCGCUGUCCGGCUGGGCGGCGCGCAACUCCACGGCGAGGUACGCCGCCGGGGUGAUGUCCUCCGCCCAGGGGUUCACGACGACGGACUUCGCCGUGGUGCGCAACAUCUACGGGCUGGUGCAGUGCACGCCGGACCACUCGCCGGAGGCGUGCCUGGGGUGCCUCGGCAGGCUCAGGGACCAGAUGCCGGCCUUGUUCAAUGGCACCUCCGGCGCGCAGGUCAACCUGGUGUGGUGCAACCUUAGGUACGAGGUGUUCCCCUUCUACGACAGCAGCCCGGUGGCGAGGCUCGUCGCGCCGCCGGCUCCGCCGGCGGGUGGUGCGUCGAGCCGGAACGACGGACAUGCAGCGUCAGCAGCUGCCAUCAUCCUCGGCGUCGUCCUUGUGUCCGCGUUAACGGUCUUCCUCCGAAGAAAAGCUCAACAUGUAUUUGCAGUUGACGAAGACGACGAAGAUUCCGGGUCACUUCUCUUUGACCUGACAACGUUGAGAAGGGCAACGGCAAAUUUUGCAGAAGAGAAUAAGCUUGGGCAUGGAGGUUUUGGUGCAGUGUACAAAGGGUUCUUGCCCGACGGGCGGCAGAUCGCCGUGAAGAGACUGGACAAAGCUUCAUCCCAAGGCCUGGAGCAGUUGAAGAACGAGCUGCUGCUGGCCGCCAAGCUUCGGCACAUUAACCUCGCGAAGCUUUACGGCGUGUGCUUGAAGGGACAAGAGAAGCUGCUCGUCUACGAGUACCUGCCCAAUCGAAGCCUGGACACCUUCCUCUUCGCAUCCGAGAAGCGCCCAUUGUUAGGAUGGGAGGCAAGGUACCUUAUAAUCUACGGAACAGCGCGAGGUCUACUGUACCUCCACGAGGACUCGCAGGUCAAGGUCGUGCACCGUGAUCUCAAGGCCAGCAACAUCCUGCUGGACGCCGACAUGAACCCAAAGAUCUCCGAUUUCGGGCUGGCAAGGCUCUUCAACGGCGACAAGACGACUACCCUCACAAGCCGAGUCGUCGGGACACUAGGAUACAUGGCACCGGAGUACGCAGUCAUGGGGUACCUUUCGGUCAAGCUAGACGUGUACAGCUUUGGAGUCCUGGUCCUGGAGAUCGUUACCGGGAGGAGAAACACCGAUGCCUGCUUUGAAUCAUCAGAUUCAGAGGUAGACGAAGGAUCCAGCACGAUGCUGAGCUACGUAUGGGAUCACUGGUCCAAGGGAACGGCGCUGAAGACCAUGGAUCAGGCGCUGGACGGCCAGGCCCCGGAGAACGAGGUGCUCAAGUGCGUCCACCUCAGCCUCCUCUGCGUGCAGGAGAACCCGGCGGACCGGCCGACAAUGCUGGACGUCCUCGUCAUGCUCCACGGCCAAUCCUCGAGCUUUGCCACGCCAUCGAAGCCGGCGUUCACCUUCGUGCACGGCGAGACGUCGAGCUCCGGCGAAAGGCCUAAUGUAUGUGGAGGUUCAGGCAGCCAAGGUGCAGCAGCAGCUGCUGCUGCUGUUUUCUCUGUGAACGAAAUGUCUGUAUCGGAGUUCCAGCCUAGAUAGGCAGGUAAAAGGACAGACGAAUUGUUCUUGCGGAUAUGUUUGCAAGCUUUCUUUGC